AUGCAGUUGGAAAGAGGAACAAACUGUGAGACUGAGAUCGAUGAGUGUGUCUCCACUCCCUGUCAUCACAAUGGCACAUGCGCCGACUUGCUAGGACGCUACGAAUGCCAAUGUCCUGCAGGUUUUCUGGGGAAGAACUGUGAAGUUGACAUAGAUGCUUGUGCUCUACCCAACAACACAUGUCCACCAAAGACUCAGUGUCUGGAUCUCCCAGAUCGCCUAGAAUAUACCUGUCGUGUUCCCUGCCCUCAAAACCUUCAACCGUGUGCCAACGGAGGACGCUGUGUGCUGAAUGACGGCAGUAGCUACACCUGUAUCUGCGCACCUGGAUGGUCCGGUCCGAACUGCCGUAUAAAUGUCAAUUAUUGUGUUCGACAUUGGUGUCAAAAUGGAGCCACUUGUGUGGAUGAGAUUGACGGUUACAGCUGCCUUUGUCCCAGAGGAUACACGGGCGUCUACUGUGAAGAGGACAUUGAUUACUGUGUUGGCCAUCGCUGCUCCGAACACGGUGUUUGCCUGGACCAGCAGUAUAAUUUCGCCUGCCGCUGCGUGCUUGGAUUUGAAGGGUCGCUCUGUGAACUGGAAACAAAUGAGUGCAUCAGCUUCCCCUGCGCAAUUGGCGCCACCUGUGUGGACCUAAUCAGUGAUUAUCGGUGCCACUGUCCCCCAGGGUUUGAGGGAAGGAGCUGCUCUGAGAAUGUAAAUGACUGCUGGUCGCUGCCUUGUCUAAACGGAGGCUCGUGCAUGGAUCUGAUAAAUGACUACAUUUGUCAUUGUCCUCUUGGGUUCAAGGGGAAAGACUGCUCCGUGGAUAUUGACCUUUGCUCAUUUGGACUGUGUGGUGAACAUACAUUAAUAUGCGCUGAGACCAAGGAUGGACAGAAUGUAUCUUGCACGUGUGAAAGAGGGUUUGAAGGGUCAUUCUGUGAAGUAAACCUCAACGAGUGCAAGUCAAAGCCCUGUCAGAACGGUGGUAUUUGUGUGGACGGUGUUGACCUGUAUCAGUGCUUCUGCUCAGAGGGGUUCGGGGGGUUAAACUGUGAAAUCAACUAUGAUGAAUGUGUCCACGGAUACUGCGCCAAUAAUUCCACAUGUAUUGACCUGGUUGCAGACUAUGAGUGCAGCUGUCCUUCGGGCUUUGCCGGUAAGAAUUGCUCCACAUCUGUCUCCACAUGUGCAUCAGAUGUUGAAUUCUGCAGGAAUGGAGGAACCUGCUCCUACAACUCAGCUGGGGAAAUACAAUGUAUUUGCUCUCCAGGAUACCAUGGCAAUGAAUGCUCCUCAUCUGUGAACCAAUGCGUGUCAAAUCCUUGCGACCCUGAGGGGACUCUCCUCUGUGAAGAGCUGGCAAAUACUUAUAGAUGUGUGUGUCAACAUGGGUACUCCGGGCCACAUUGCAAAACGCCCGUAAACCACUGUGUUGAUGGCCUGUGUCAACACGGUUCAGCGUGCACGGAUCUAUCAAGAGGGUUCAAGUGUGAUUGUUUACCAGGGUUAACGGGCCAGUUCUGUGAGAUAAACAUUGAUGACUGUGAAGAAAAGCCAUGUGGAGCCCUGAGUAUUUGUAAAGACGCUCUCGGUGGCUACAAUUGCUUCUGUGCACCUGGAUUUAUUGGAAAUAACUGCGAGAUUGAAGUGAAUGAAUGUCUCAGCCAGCCCUGUCAAAAUGGAGGCUCCUGCAGUGAUGAGCUCGACUCGUUCAGCUGCCAGUGUCUUCUUGGAAUCACAGGGAACUACUGUGAGGUCAACACAGACGAGUGCAUGUCCUCACCCUGCCUGCACAACGCCACGUGCGUUGACCUUGUUCAUGGCUAUGGAUGCAUCUGUAUGCCUGGCUUUACAGGUGCCGACUGUGAACUUGACAUUGACGAGUGUGCUUCAUCUCCCUGCAAGAAUGGAGCCACUUGCAUUGACCAGCCUGGUAAUUACUUCUGCCAAUGUGUGGCUCCAUUUAAAGGUCAUAAUUGUGAGUUCCUACCCUGCGAGGCCAGCAAUCCGUGCGAGAACGGUGCAGUAUGUGUGGAGGAGUUGGAUCCGGACCGUUUCCCUUCGGGUUUCCGCUGUCAUUGUCGCCGGGGCUUCACUGGCCCCCGCUGUGAAAUCAAUGUGGAUGAGUGCGACUCCAGCCCCUGUUUUCACGGCUUCUGCUAUGAUGUCGUGGACGGCUUUUACUGCCUUUGCAAUCCUGGUUACGCUGGGCCAAGAUGUGAGCAAGACAUUGAUGACUGCAUGAACAGUUUGUGCAGCACCAACUCAGUAUGUAAAGACCUCCAUCUGAGUUAUGAGUGUGUGUGUCACUCUGGCUGGGAGGGGGAGUUCUGCCAACGAGAAAUUGAUGAAUGUUUAUCGCAGCCUUGCAAAAACAACGCCACCUGCACAGACCUUCUCAACAGCUACAAGUGUUUGUGCUCGCCAGGCUGGACAGGUGCGGACUGUGCCGAGGAUGUGGAUGAGUGUGAUUCCGGGCCCUGUCUAAAUGGAGCUCGUUGUCAGGAGUCAGACGUACCUGGGGAGUUUUCCUGCACCUGUCCCCCCUUCUUCAGCGGCCCCUUGUGCAGCCAGCCUUAUGACCCCUGCAACCCCCUUCACAAUCCGUGCCUGCACAACUCCACCUGCCUGACACGCUCCAAUGGAACAGCCUCCUGCAGAUGCCCAGCUGGUGAGUGA